AUGUUUCUUUAUUAUUUUAUCCGCGCGUGCUUCACUUGCAUCAUCCUCUGUUACUCUACCUUUGUGCUUGCUUAUCAAUCUGUAGAAGAUGCUGCUAAAUUAGCAAGACAAGUCUUAUCUGAUGCGGGUCGUGGACACAUUGUCACAUUGAUGGACGAGACAGUAUCUGAGGAGUUUGGCGGAUUCCCUUUCGGCAUUAUGGAAUACUACAGUGAUAAAUGCAUGUCAAAUGGUAAUUUGCUGCUUUUCAUGUCUGAUUUGCAGAUGAGUGCCCGUAACAUGCAUAAAAAUAUGGAUAAGGUAUCAUUUACUGUAACUGCUUUGAAGGAUUACAACCCAGGUUGGGGAAAUCACACAACUCCUGUAGAACAGCCUCGGUUUACAUUGUUCGGCAACAUAACAAGGCUACCAGAGUCACAGACAGAGUCUGCAUUAACUUGCUUUUGUCAAACACAUCCUGAAGCAAAACCAUGGCGCCGUUUUCAUGACUUCAAUUUUUAUGAAUUUCAUGUGCAAGGUCUUUAUUAUGUUGGAGGUUUUGGUGGAUUAAAUUAUAUUGGUUGGAUACCCUUAGAAAUAUAUAAACAUGCUGCCUUGUCGACUGCCUUCAUACGGCAACAGUAA